AAGCGCUGGAGACUUCAGUGAGACUGGACACUAAUGAAGUCGAAAACUUGAGUGUCAGCGGUCUUGUACUUCCAAUGUCUCAAAAGCCAUAGGCUGAAAAAUGUAAUUCACCAACAGAUUAUGGUAUUUCAGUGCCUUAUUUCAUUCAACUCCAGAUUAAGGACUUGGUGAUGGAGGAAAUUAGUCUUUAACGGUAAAGUCCCAUACUGCAAGUAAAUAGUGGAUGGCUACAGAUUCUUUUUAAGACUUAAAGCUUAAUGUUGUUAGUAAAUGGUUAACGGAGAAUCUCAAAAUAUAUAAAUAUUUCUCAUGGCGCCAUCAGAGAGAAUGGAAAAGGCGUUGCUCCGGAUAGCGAGGGAGAUUUGCUGGAAAAGUCCCAUACUAGGUAUCUCUGUACAACUUAAAAGGCUUCACAAUCAGCGGAGACAUAUAAAAUUUUGAUUUUUGUGAGACGCUCUGGUGGCCUUCCAAGCUUUAUAUAACUUGGGAGUCUCACGGAGUCCGACAUUGGGUACGUACAGACGAAAUAUCCAGCCUGGUACUACACGUGUACUUUACGUGAAAGGAAUCAGACUGAUCAAAGGUGAAGUUAAAACCGGCCGCCUAAAAGAAAACAUAUGAAUAUUGACCAAUCAGAAUGUAGGAUUAAUUAAAUUCUUCAACAACUUCAACUUCCGCUUGUGUUAGUUGCGAAGGAAAAGUACGUUUAAAUUAACUGGAGAAUGCUUUAUUAAAAAGGGAGGUAACUAUAACUUAUUUCCGUUACAUGAAACUUUGCAUUUGAUAACUUGGUUAAGUCUUCUGCCUAGGCAGAAAAAAGAGUAGUAAUGGCUAAACCAGAGGUCGAUCUUAAUGUUAUAGUUUAUGAAUUUCUGAAGGAAAAGAACAAGGAGACUGCAGACUUAUUCAGAAAGCGCUUUAAUAUCCCCAUCUCAAAGAGUUCUGGAACUAAACUAAAUGAUAUUUACCGUUUUUGGAAAACCUCUGCUCCAGGUAACAAACGAAAACUCAGUGCCAAUGCAAUUGAUUCAGCUUCAAAGAGGGUUAAGCAAGACUCCAGCUCAUCAGAUUCCAGUUCUAGUGAGGACACAAAAACACAAACUAAGAAAUUCUCGACAGAGAAGCCAAAACCUGUGCCACCUAAAACAGCUGCAAAACGACCCCGAAAAUCAAGCAGCAGUAGUAGCAGCAGCAGCAGCUCUGAUGAAUCAAAGAAGAAAUCAGUUCAGAAUAAAAAGAUCCCUAAAACUAACUCCAAGUCUAUUAAAAAACAAGCUAGUUCCUCCUCAUCAUCAUCAUCAUCAGACAGUGAUACAGAAAACAAGAGCAAGGUUCAGGCAGUAAAAGUGACAGCUAAAAAACCCCCAGUGAAACCGACAGCUUCCAAGCAAAAAGCACCUCAAGACACAGAAUCCUCUUCAGAAGAUUCCGACAGUGAUUCAGAAGAUAAAACAGUUCAAACUAAAUCUACUUCCAAACAAACGCCUGCAAUUGUUGCCGGUGCAAAGAAGCCAAGCGCACCAAAAGCUAAGGCAAAAUCUUCAUCCUCUUCAGAUUCAGAGAGUGAUUCUUCAGAAGAUACAAAGAAAACUGCACAGAAGCCAGCAACCACUUUGAAACCACCAGUAAAGACACCAGUUACUUCAAAGAUAUCGGUAAAGCCAGCAGCUACUUCGAAAGUGCCAGGAAAAGCAGUGGUGCCAGAAUCAUCAUCUGAUUCUGAUACUGAUUCCUCAGAGGAUGAACCAAAGAAGGCAACACAGAAGCCGGCUGUCAAGCCAGUUGCCACUGCAAAAACACCAGCAAAGCCAACUGUUACUUCCAAAAUUCUAGGAAAAGCAGCAGCGUCGAGCUCAUCUGAUUCGGACAGUGAUUCUUCGGAAGAUGAACCAAAGAAAAUCACACAAAAGCCUGCUGCCAAAACAACACUCACUCCAAAAUUACCUGUAAAAGCAGCAACAACAGCAGACUCUUCAUCUUCAGAUUCAGACAGCGAUUCUUCAGAAGAUGAACCAAAGAAGACCACACAGAAACCAGCUGCCAAGACAGCAGCUGCUUCAAAAAUGCCAAUUAAAAAGGGAGGCGCUAUUAAAACUCCAGUAAAAGCAGUAGCAGAAACCUCUUCUGAUUCGGAAAGUGAUUCCUCAGAGGAUGAACCGAAGAAGACCGCAUCAAAAGCAGUUGUCAAAACAGUGGCUACUGCAAAAUCACCAGUAAAGGCAGCCGUUGGUUCUAAAUCGCAAGUAAAAGCAGCCGCUGCUGACUCCUCUUCUGAUUCAGACAGUGAGUCGUCGGAUGAUGAGGGGAAAAAAAUCCCUCAGAAGUCCACUGCCAAAACAGCAGCCACUUUAAAAACGCCAGGAAAAGCAGCUGUUGCUUCAAAACCACAAGUAAAAUCCACAGCAGCAGAAUCUUUAUCGUCUGACUCGGACAGUGACUCCUCAGAAGAUGAGCCAAAGAAAGCUACUGAAAAGCCCACUGCCAAAGUGGCAGUUGCUUCAAAAACUCCAGUUAAAACUGCUGCUGCUGCUACAAAAGCUCCAGCAAAAGCAACAACAGGAGAUUCCUCGUCUUCUGACUCAGAGAGUGAUUCCUCUGAUGACGAGCCGAAGAAAACUGUCCAGAAGCCUGCUGUCAAAGCAACAGCAGCUGCUUCGAAAACCCCAGUAAAGGCAGUGGAAAGUUCAUCUGACUCAGACAGUGACUCCUCAGAUGAUGAGCCACAGAAAACCACUACAAAACCCACAGCCAAAACACCAGUUGUUUCAAAAAUUACUUCAAAAUCUCCAGUUAAAAAAGCAGUUGCCACAAAAUCGCCCAUAAAGCCAGCAGUUGCUUCAAAAACUCCAAGAAAAGCAGCAGCCUCAGACUCGUCUUCUGAUUCAGACAGUGAUUCUUCUGAUGAGCCAAAGAAAACAGCAGUUACUUCAAAAUCUCCAGUUAAAAAAGCAGUUGCCACAAAAUCGCCCAUAAAGCUAGCAGUUGCUUCAAAAACUCCAGGAAAAGCAGCAGCCUCAGACUCGUCUUCUGACUCAGACAGUGAUUCCUCAGAAGAUGAACCAAAGAAAACAACACAAAAGCCUCCUGCUAAAGCUGGAGUCGCUUCAAAAUCCCCAGCUAAAACUGGUCUCUCUACAAAAGCAACAACAGCUGAUUCCUCAUCUUCUGACUCGGACACUGAUUCCUCGUCAGAAGAUGAGCCAAAGGAAACUGUAAUAAAGCCCAGUGCAAAAACAGUGCCCACUUCAAAAUCGCCUGUAAAAGCAGCAGUUGCUUCAAAAGUCUCAACUACUGCAGCUUCAUCAGACUCUUCGUCUUCUGACUCAGACAGUGAUUCUUCAGAGGACAACAAACCCAAGAAAGCUCCAGUGUCCCAGACUGUCAAGCUUUCGCUAAAGAGUAAGCCCAUGGCUGCUAAAGCAGCAUCUUCUACAUCCCUUGGCCCUUCAUCUGAAGAUGAAGCUACCACAAAAGUAGGUGCUGUAAAAUCUCCCUUUGCCUCUAGGUUGCCAGUUGCUUCAAAGUCCUCUACGUCUACAACUUCUAAAUGUGAAAGAAACUGUUCAGAAACAGAUUCUUACAGUAAAUCAAGCAGUUCAGAUGUUAGUUCUUCAGUAGUUGAAGUAGUAGCAAAAAAUGUUCCAAACCGAAAUCUUCCUGUUAGUGCUAUUUCUUCUCGCACCUCAAAAUCUCUUCAAAAUAAAAUAACAUCUAAGCACAAAGGUUUGUCGAAUGAGCCAAGCAACUCAAUAUCAGUUUCUUCUGAAACAAUUUCCAGUUCUGGUGAGGAUGAUAACUACAUUCCUGUAAGUCAGAAACACACUCCGGUGUCAGUGCUUAAAACUUUGACCAAUUCGGAAAAUAAAAUGUUGGCACAAAAGAAAAAACUGCGUAAAAAUAGUUUAGGAAAUACUAAUGAUAUAUCUAUCAAAACUCUAUUAUUUCAAUCCACUCCUAUAUCUAAGAAUGCCAACGUGCAAAGCAGCAACUCAGACAGUAAUUCUAGUUCAGAGGAAGAUUCUAAAAAAUGUUCACUUAGUAAAAACAUAUCCAGUCAGCUUAAGAAAGCUUCAACGAUGCAAAAUGGUAAUAUUAGUUCUGGAAAUAGUAAUUCUUCUGAGAUAACAAUUGUUGAGGAUUCUCAAAUUUCAUUGGAGACAUCUGGGUUAGCAAGUAAGAAGGAUUCUUCUAGCAGUAGUGUUGAUUCUGAUUCUUCAUCGAACAAUGAUCCCAUUCCACCAUCUCAAACCCCAAAUGCCAUACUACAGCUGAGUAAUGGCAUGUUGCAACAGAAUACUCCAUCAGUGACCCCUGUGUCUCAAAAAAAAACACCUGUUAACAGUAUGCAUAAAUCAACUCCUUUCCGACGAGUGGUAUCUGAGAAUAUACAAAUUGAUCCUAGACUUCGAGACAAUUCCUUUGAAGCAAAGAAAGGUGCCUCUGGAUCCUGGGGAGCAAAAGCCAAUGACAAACUGAAAUUCACUCGUGGUAAAGGUUUCCGCCAACAAAAGACCAAGAACAAACGGGGUAGUUACAAAGGUGGCCAAAUUGACCUGAGUGUCAAUUCUAUAAAAUUUGACUAGUGAUAUUUAUCCAAAAUUCAUCUGAGACUAUUUUCAAUCAGACAGUUUCUUCCAUAAUCACCAAUGGUGGCUUAUUGUGAAUUUGUUCCAAAUCCAUGUCUCCCAGUAAUUCUUAGAUCAUCCUCAUUUCACUGCUGUCACCACAACCGUUAUCACUUCCAUAAUAUUCCUGAACUUGCUUUUAUUUUUAAUAAACAAUCUCUUGGUAAUUACUACUUUA